CUCCACUAGCGAUACAUAAGUGAAAGUAUUAUUAAUUCCAGGCGUGAUUCAGUAUCGACGACCCAACAACUUAAACCAAAGAAUGUCUCCUUGAAUUUGAAGAACAUGAAACCAUAUUUUACAGUUUUAAGAUUGUUUUUUAUAUUAAGUGCAAUAUUUAUUAUUAAUAUCGAAGGUCUUCAACGAUGCUUUAUGUGUAGGUCCAGAGGUGAACUGGGGAGCUGCAAAGACGACUUCAAUGUUAAUGUGACACUGGUAGAAAAUAAACAAGAAAUAGGAAUAGAAACGGUUCCUUGUGCCUCUGGAUGGUGUGGUAAAAUUGUUGAAAGUGAAGAUGCAGCUAAAGAGGAAUAUGGGGUAGCGACCCAACGAAUAUGUCUACAAAGAGGUCCAUCAGAUAGCGAAGACAGAUGCGCCUAUACCAAAUGGAACUAUAAGAGAGUACUAAUGUGUUUCUGCAGGGGGGAUUUGUGCAAUUCGUCUACUAAAUUAGGAAUGAACUAUAUCUUACUGACUGUACCAGUGAUUGUAGGUUUAUUGAGACUGAUGUGAUAAAUAAAAGACGACAAAUUAUAUAUCUGGUUAA